AACUGACCUCAAAAGGAUAUUUUGAUGGCAUGUGUCGUUAACACUUUCUGAAGCUGCACUUUUUCCUUCUGAGGCACCUCCUUCUCUCUCUGCUCUGGGUUUGCAUAAUUGGUGCCCUGAAUUUUUGAAAUGUAGGGUGGGAGCCUGAAGUUGUGCAUGUGGGGUGACAUGGAUCGUGCUCUGGAUUCGCAGUAGAUGUCUGCGUGCAGAUGGGUGCACAGUACUGAGUAUAAUGGAUGAAAUAGGAGCUGAAGGUUCUAAAAUACAAGACAAGAAAGUCACUUCAGGACAAAGCAGCACUGGCACUAAACCAGAUCAUCCCCCACCACUGAAGGUUGAUGACAGGCAGCGGCUGGCUCGAGAGCGGAGAGAGGAACGAGAAAAGCAGCUGGCUGCAAGAGAAUCCAUCUGGUUAGAAAGGGAAGAGAGAGCCCGGCAGCAUUAUGAAAAACACCUGGAGGAACGCAGGAAGAAACUGGAAGAGCAGAGAUUAAAGGAAGAGAGAAGGCGAGCCGCUGUGGAGGAAAAGCGAAGGCAGAGAAUAGAAGAAGACAAGGAGCGACAUGAAGCUGUUGUUCGUCGCACGCUUGAAAGGAGCCAGAAGCCAAAACAGAAGCAGAACAGGUGGUCGUGGGGAGGAGCCCUGCAGAACCGCAUGAGCAGCGCAGGUUAUUUUUUUGAAUCAUCAUUCAGCUUUCUCGAUUUAGCAGGCCUGGAGCACCACUUCAGAUCUCUGGGUGGUGCUAGAAAACCUGAUCCAGACAGGCGGUCUGUUUCUACAAUGAACCUUUCGAAACAUGUUGAUCCAGUCAUUAACAAGCGGCUCUCCUCCUCAUCUGCAACAUUACUAAAUUCUCCAGACAGAGCUCGCAGACUCCAGCUCAGUCCCUGGGAGAGCAGCAUUGUUAGCAGGCUGCUGACGCCCACCCACUCCUUCCUGGCCCGAAGUAAAAGCACAGCUGCAUUGUCUGGAGAUGCAGUUAUCCCCGUUUGUCCCCGUUCAGCAUCUUGCAGCCCCAUCAGCCCUCUGUCCUACAAGGCCACCAGCUGCAGGCAGCCCACGGACCGAGCCAAGCUCUGCGUCUGCGCCGACGCAGCGGGACCCCGGGGAGCGCGGCGGGCGGGGACUGACAAAAAAGAAAAGGAGAGAGACCAUUUGUCAUCCAGCUUCUCAGCCAGCUUUAAAGGAGGUCAUUUUUCUUCCAACCCCAAAGCUAGAUCACCAGCUCCCUCUCCAGUUUGGCAUGCGUCCAAGUCUUUGCCUUUUUUGCCUGGCACACCCAAGCAAAUAACUUCCCCACCUGGCUCCUCCAAAGUUUCCUCUGGUCAGGCACGUCCUCCUUCUCCUGGCAACAUCCGGCCAGUCAAAAAAGAAGUCAAACCAGAGAGUGAGAAGAAAAGACCAGAAAAGGAGGCUGAAAAGGCUGGUGAUGACAGAACAGAAGAGAGUAAAGAAACUUCAGCAGAUGCUGGAGAAACGACAAGUCAGGAAGAGCUCCCUGUCCCAGCAGAGUUCACUGAAGCAGCCAGCCCAUCCCUACCUCCUGCUCCACCAGCUCUUUCUCCAGCCCCCACGAAGACCUCUGCAGGCACAACUGACCCUGAAGAAGCCACGAGGCUGCUGGCUGAGAAGAGGCGCCUGGCCCGUGAGCAGCGGGAACGGGAGGAGCAAGAAAGGAGGGAGAGAGAAGAGCUGGAAAGGCUGAAGAAGGAGGAGCUGUCACAGAGGAUAGCUGAAGAAAGAGCUCGCCGGGAAGAGGAAGAAGCUCGCAGGCAGGAAGCGGAAAGGAAACGGAAGGAUGAAGAGGAGCGGGAGAAGGAAGAGCGGCUGCGCCGGCAGGCGGAGGAGAGGGAGCAGAGGGAGAAGGAAGAGAUGGAGCGUGCUCAGAAACAAAAAGAAGAGGAAGCUCGCCUGCGGGAGGAGGCCGAGCGGAUUCGCUUGGAGCGGGAAAAGCAUUUCCAAAGAGAAGAGCAAGAGCGUUUGGAAAGGAAGAAGAGGCUUGAAGAGAUCAUGAAGAGAACUAGGCGUGUAGAAGCUGCAGAUAAGAAAGCCAAUGACCAGCAAAAUGGACACAUAUCAAAGGCCAAUAGUCCUGGAGAAGCAGCCAUAACCAGUCCUGCAUCUCCUGUGGAACCUGCAGGAGGACCUCAGCUCCAGGCCACAGCACCUCCACACAACGGGACAUCCCUCACCUGCACACGGGUGGUCGUGGCACAUCAACAUCCCCCUGAAAACAUGGACAGCAAUCUCAAUCCAGAGAAAAACGCAAAUGAGAAUGGAAUGUCCAUGCAGAAUGAUAACUUUGAAGAGAUUAUAAACCUGCCUCUUGGUUCUAAACCACCCCGGCUGGACGCCAUGAACAAUGAUGGAAGCGAUAGUCCUGAAAUUCCUCUGAAUCCAAUCAUAGCCUUUGAAGAUAAGGGGACUCUCUUGCCUCAGGUAGAUAGUGUUCAAACACAUCAAACAGCAGGUAGGUUUGACUUGGUUCAUUAACACUUGUGUUGUGAUUGACAGAGGACCUAGAGCUCUUAAUUGAUAUAAGGUGAUGGAAAUGGAAGCAUUUUGAAAUGCCCCCUCAGGAAGAGGGUGCCUGCCUUCUGUGGGACAUUCUGGGAGCACUUUGCUCACCAAGUUCUUGCUGACACAAAUGCUGAGGGAUGGUUUGCAGCAUGCUGGGUUUCUCCCAAUAACUUUUCAAGGAUGUUAGGUAAACAAAUAAUAAUUUAGCCAGUUGAAUUGGACUCUCAAUUUCUUUUUCUGUGUGUAGAGAAUGUAAGGAGAAUCAUCUGACAGUAAAUAAUUGCAUAAAAUCAUAGCAUUUUUGAAGUGAGCUUUGUCCCUCUUUGCUGACCUGUCAUUUUUGGUACCUUCUGUUGUAGAAGUGAUCUGAUUGUUUCUUCUGAAGAACCAAAGGUGAUAUGAGCAUCUCUGCAGUCAGUGGAGUUUCUUCCAUGCUAUGAAGGCGUGUUUUAUUUUUUCUCUGCAGUUUUUUAAAAAUUUCUUUAAUAUCUUUUUUUGGAAGGACUUUAGUAAAACCAGCAGAAGAAAUGAUGGGAAUAGACUUGGAUCACCUUUCUAAUAGCUUUCAUCACUAGAAAAAUCAUGCUUCACGUGCAUUACUUAAUAUGGCUUUUUCCAACAAGCUUUUUCUGUUAGUAAAUGGAUAUUUCUGCAUUUCUUAAGACAGAAGACACUGGAAUCUGAAAGCAAUGGGCUGAUUUGGGUGGUGGGACUGAUUCUUUUUUUUAAAAAAAGGUGGGUGUUGGUUUAAAAGGCAUAAUUGUAAAACUGGCAAAGAAUCUUUUACACUUUGUGGUUCUAAUACUUGAAAAAUAAAUACCUCAUUGCUCUACAAGUAGAGUUAAUGGGGUGUAUUAUUUAAACCUGUUGGUUUAAAUACUAUUGCAGAGAACUCUAAUUAUGGGGGCAAAGUAUAGGCUUCUGUAUCAGGUUCUUGUAAAUGUAAUUCCUACAGGGACAUUCUGUAAAUUAAGAUGGCACUAUGAUCUUCUCGCAUUUUCUCUAAAAACACACAAAAAAGGCAGGUUUUAAAAUGUGAAAAUUUGAAAGCAUUAUUUUUUCAUGGACAAGAGGAAAACCUAUUGUUCUCCUAGAUUGUGUAUUUAUGAAUUUUGUUCAGUACAGAAAUAAAUCAUUUAAUUGAAUAAAUUAGAAAAAUGUGGUAAAAUGA